CAUGGUUUAGUUAAGAUUACCCAGCUGCCCUCUGUCCGAUCUAUCUUUUCAAGUUCAAUGAAGCCCACCCUCGAAUAUCAACAAAACAAUUCCCGGUGUCGAAUUAAAUUCUUCACACAGAGAACGCACUGAAUUUGUUGGCUUCAAAUCCGAGCAUGGCCACCCCCGGACGUCCCCCAUCGUCGGGUAUGGCCCGCAAAUCCACCUCCAAGGCUUCAAUACCCACGGCCAGAAAAUCCACAUCCUCGGCUUCCUCGGUGUCCUCGGUGACCCCCCAGGUCGCGUCUCACCGAUUUGCCAUGGAAUCCGACUCACACGACCCUUCGGCCUUGACUGAUCCCACGUUUCAGGUGCCUCGUCAGCAUCGAUACGCCGAGCGCACCUCCGGACGGGUUUCGAGCAAGAAUCCCAUCUUUGACAAUUCUCUGGAACGUCGACGAUCUCGAACCCUUCGACCUCGGGAAAGCAUGUCCAUUAACUACGCUCGCAACGGAGGCGUCAAACAAAUGGGCGACCGGGAACGCCGGAAAGCGGCUAAUGCGGCCAAGCAGACGUUAAUAGCCAAAAAACAGGCCAAAACACUUUACAACGAGGUCGGGAUAUUGACUACGUGUCAAAAGGAUCUGUGCGAUUGCAUGACAACCCUCUGUCCUGGUUGUCAUUUUCCGUGCCCGAAGUGUGGGUCCAAUAAAUGCGCUUUGGAGUGCCGCAACAACCGGAAGUGGCAAUACGAGACCCUGGAGUUAGAAGGCACAACUAAUUCCCUCAUACAAAACCCCUUUUUGAUCAGUGGACCAGCCAAACAUUUGGCAUUGCGAGGCUGAGAAUAACAUACGUUCAGUGCAAUGUU